GCGCAUAGGACCUAGCACCGUAACAGCGCCUAUGGAGACCUAUCAAACGCUACCUGCAUGACGAAAAAUUACAUGUCUCAUAAUGUGAACUUAGAAUGAAUUGAAAACAUGAACAGGAAAGCGAGACAACUAGUCUUACCGGACACAUUUACUUGCAUCAGAUACAUCAAAUUUAUACAAAUCUCUUUGGAAACGAACUGAAUAACUUUAAUCAGGGCUGUAAAUGCCUAGUGGUUGUGAUGGCACGGAAAGGGAGUGCAGAAAAACCAAUCCCUCGACACACUCGCGUUGAUGACGAGUCAUUUAUCUGGCAGAGUUAUGACCUAGGUAUACAGAUCGGAGAGGGAACCUUUGGAAAAGUGUUCAAAGUACAGCACAAAGCUACUGGUGAAUAUUGGGCUAUGAAAGUCGUCAACAGAGAAAAGGCGGGCCAUUCAGCUGUUACGUUGUUGGAAAGAGAAGUAAACAUUCUGAAGAAAGUCUCGCAUGAAAAUAUCAUCAGUCUAAAUGAAGUAUUUGAAACAGGAAAAAAAAUGUAUCUUGUGAUGGAGUUAUGCGAGGGCGGUGAGUUGGCCGACGCCCUCAAGGACAAGAAAUCUUACGAUGAGGCCGACACCAAAGUUAUAGUAAAAAAGCUAGCUAGUGCAAUCUCAUACCUACAUAAAAUUGAUAUAGUACAUAGAGAUUUGAAGCUGGAGAAUAUUUUACUGAGUCAGAACCCAGAUGAUCCACAUGACAAACUACAUAUAAAGGUUACAGACUUUGGACUUUCAGUAGAGAAGGGCGGUGUAGGACAGGACAACAUGAUGCAGGAUUUCUGUGGAACACCUAUAUAUAUGUCUCCAGAAAUAAUAGAUAACAAAACAUACAGUCAGCAGUGUGAUAUAUGGGCCAUGGGCGUCAUAGUUUAUAUAUUAUUGUGUGGCUCCCCACCAUUCCGUUCUAAAGAUGAGGACACACUGUAUGAUAUGAUAAAGCGAGGAGAGAUUGAUUUCUCUGGAGAAGUAUGGAAAGGCAUUAGUGAAGAAGCCCAAGACUGUAUAAGAGGCAUGCUGAAAGUAGACCCGGCUCACAGGAAAACAGCUCGUGAGGUGUUGAACCAUCCAUGGAUAACUGGUAAAGUUAGUGAUGGCAAUCAUCACAAUGUCCUGGAGAUGAUGAAAAUGUGGAAAGAUGAACUGAAGGUGGAGGAGGGACAAAACAGUGCAAUACGUAAUGGUGAAGAAAGCCCUGAGACUACGGACGAAACAGAUGGAGGCACAACCAGCCCAGUUAUCCAGGAUCAAGCACCACAAAGCAGUUCAAAUAAGGCCAAUGGCAAGGCAACACAUGACGGCACGUCUAGAAAGGGAUCUGGUGGAACUAAGAAGUCUGGAGUCGGGAGUAAACCUGUAUCCAACUCGAGUCGACCCAACAGCCAGUCCUUGAACCCACCCAAAGCUGGACUCAUGCCAGGCUCAAGGAACUCUGUGGGAUCGGGAUCCAAAUCCCCCUCCCAACAAAAAUUCUCGAAUACACCUACCAAUAAAGGUGUGACUAAUACCAGCAGGGUAGGGGCUGGACAAGCAGCUCCCAGGGGGAGAGGGACCAGGAAAUAGUCGGACACAUCUAGCUCAGUUGGCAUUGCGAUUCAUAUCGUUCAUGGUGGACAAAGAUACACCAAGACUAGAAUAUGUUUUAAUGUGUUUUUACCGCUGACUGGAAGUUGGUUGGAUGGCCGUGUUACAUGUAGAACAUUUGAAAAUUGUAUGAAUGGAAUGAGCAGUUUUGAUUCUGACUUUUUAUUGGACAACACUGGAUGUGAAGUUAGACCUGAACAAAUAACUGGCCAAUAUACAGAAUUGCACUAGGAUUGGUGUAUUUUGUCUUCUUUUUGUUUUCUUACACAAACUCAAGUUUGUGUUUGAUGUUUUCCAUGUCCUGUUCAAACUUAUUUUGUUUGUUUUAUUCAUUCCUUGAAAAUAUUAUACAUUGUAUGUUAUUAUGAUAGAAUAUUGAUUUACAAAUUAUUUCUAAAGUAUUUGUUGCUUAGUAUCAUUCCAAAAUACAAAGUAUGAACAUUUUUAAUUUAAUUCAGUACUUUUAUAUUUUGCUUAAAAUUGUAUCAACUUUUUUUCACAGAAUAAUGUUUCUCUUAUUGAACAGAAUUAAAAACAGUUUAGCUGAGCUCUUCAUCCAAAACAAUUUCACUAUUGAAAUUAUGUUCCCAAUUCUUUUUGCCUGCUAAUGUGCCAAAAUAUUACUGUCUUUUCAGUUUAACUUUAUAUAUUUUAUCAAUAUCAUUUCAAAUUGAUGAGUCUGCAGUUCAUACUUUAUAGUUGUUUUAUUUUUUUUUCAUUAGUGGCUGUGCCUUUUGUCAUAUAAACAUUAAUUUACACAUUGACAAGUGACUGCUCAAACUUGUUGACAAUGUUUUUUUUCUUUUUCUCCCUCUUUUAUUUAAUAGUUUAACACAUGUAGUAUUAGAAGGGGGUAGUGCCUGGCCUUAAAUAUUGAAUAUGGUAUUUAUGAGCAGAAUUUCAUCAGGUAACUUAAUUCCUGUAAAGCUUUAAACAUGUUAUUCUAAACUCUGGACAAAGGAAAAUUACUUCACUAUAAUAAUGAUGUGUCCGUUGAAAUAAUUGAAUGACAUGCUACUAGUAAAAUUCAUGAAAUUAUAAACCAAAUACCAAUACCUUGCUUUCUGUUUGGUUGUUAAUUAUUAUACUCUGACAUAUUAUUCUGUCUUUAAUUUCAGUUUUAUAUUCAUUUUAUGAUGAAGACAAAGUAAUCAUUAAGAAAUACACAUUUAUUACUACAAAUGUUUUAAUGCUUAUUUCCCUAUUUUGAAAUAUUAAACCAAAAUAACAUUUUAGUAAAUUAAUCUAUUAUUUGGCUAUAUUCACAGAAUUAGCUUGUUUUUUCCCUCCUAGAUUUUACACUGUUCUGACUAAACUUACACGUAGCUGAGAAUUAUUUUUCUCUUUUUAGUAAGUGAAUUUGAAUUGAAAUUGCAUGUGUACAGUAUUUACAGGAGAAAACAUAUUUCAAUAGAAAAUGUAGGAUAAAAAGAUGCUAUUUUUUUUUUUGAAAAACCCAGAUUGAUAACUGUCAAACAAUAGGACUAGAAGGCAAGCUGUGCUAAACUGGUUUAUGAAAAUUAUAUUGGAAUCACUGUCUCGUGGUUGAUGUAUAAUUGUAUGAAAUGUGACGACAUAAUCUGUUGGUAUACUAGUGUUCAUUCAAGUGCUCCACGAUUGUUAAUACCUAUGCAAUCUGUAUCAUAAUGUCAGUAUUUUGUGUGGUGUGUUCUUGAUAGGAAUGACAUGCAUUCUGAUGGGAAACUAAUGUUUUGGCAUUUAAUACUUAAAUAUACAAAAGAUACUUUAACUUUGUAUCAACAGUAAUCUAAUUUUGGUAUAUUCAUUUUAUCAUUAAUGAAUUAUAUCAACUAAUUGAAAGAGAUACCAUGGAAGAUGUUUUUGUCUACUCAUUAUAGAGUAAUGCUCUGGUAAUUAUAAUUACUUUUCCAAAUAAAUAGUGAAUUACCAUGUAUGAAUCAAAUUCAUCAGAAACCAUAACCUUUUGGAUUAUUGAUUUUUCUCAGUUAUCUCCCUUUCAAAUUAUUUAACGAACUAAUGUUAACAAUUAAACAUGUACUGUUUACCUUUCAAAGGCAAUCUCUUAAAUGUACAUGAUCAUCCUGGCUGGUGUUGAGGAUCUUUGAAGAUUGGAACUUUUUUUUUUUAAAGUAGGAAAGUUAUCUUUCUAGUGAUUGGCGAUAUAUGAUUGCUUUACGUAGAAACUACCGGUAAUCCGUCCCUUUGAUUAAUGAUUUACAAAGUAACAAUGAGAUCUAUAUAUUUUCCGUCCUUAAAAUUCCUGGCCAUUUUUUUUAUGAUGAACAGGUUCGUAAGAAAUUCUUUAUGUAUUUAUCAUGUUGAUUAAAAAGUGCCAGCCUAAGCAAAUCUUCUUCAAAACUAAUUGUCGAUCAUAUUGUCUAAAGAAAGAAAGAGAGAGAGAGAAAAAAAACAAAUUAAAAAGCUAGGCUUUUAGCAGGAAAAAAACGAUGCUAUUCAAAUGCAAUUUUGAUUUUUUUUUUUCAAUAUACAUGUAAUAGCCAUGUGAAUGGUGAAACAUUGGUAAAAUUCCAGCUCACUAUUUAACUGUUUAGAAAAGUAUCUUAAUCUGUUUAAUUUUCUCUUUGGUUGACAAUAAUUUCUCCUGAUCCAAAGUGCCAACUUGAUCUACAGAAAACUGAUCUAUACAACACUCGCCUCAAACAUAGUGAAUCUUAAUGCUGGUUGAAAUUGAAAUCUCAUUAACAUGAACAUCAAGAUCACUUUUAUGUCACAAAAAUAUUCUUGCCAAAUGAAUCUGACAAAAUAUUUGUUUCUGUGUGAUUUCAGAACAUUUAGUUAUCAAGUCAGAUAAAUAAUAUCACAAUUUUUAAAUGUACCUGGGUAUUUUUGAUUGUGGUAUAUUAAGUUAUUUUAACUUUAAGAUGUAGUGAUUAGUACAAUCAUAACAGCCAACUCGUUGAUUGAUAAUAUAUUUUCUUUUUUUUUUCUCAAAAACAUUCGUAUUUUCCUUUUUUUUAUAUAUAUAUAUAUAUAUAUAUAUAAUUUAGGGUUGGAAUCAUAUUGUUACAAUAAUGAAAAUUAAGUUUAAAAAGUUAGAAUUGUUAAGAUGAUUGCUGAUACUUGUAUUAAUAAAAUAUACAUCGUUUUAAAGAGGUAGAAAAUGUACAUUACUGCUGAUUUACUUGUGAAUAUCGACUGCUGUACUGUUUGGAAUGUUUAUUGUAUAACACAUAAGAUUUUUUUUAUUGUUGGCAAAUCACAUUGGUGAAGUUAUUCAAUAGAAAAAUGAUUGCUAACUGUAAAAGUAAUUAUUCUAUUGUCAUUUUAGCAUUUUAGAUUUUGUGAGAUGUUGAACUUUACUUUUUGAAGACUAACAUUUGAAACAGAAUUAUAGCUAUAUUUACAAUGUAUAUACAAAAACACAAUAGCAAAAAUCUCAUACAUUGAAAAAUAUCAACAUUAUCUAUGAACACCUCAAAAAUCCACACCACAAAGGUUUCACAUCCAAAGUAUUAUAUUAAGAUGUCUCUUUUGAAUAUUUAAGAAUAAGAAUUUAAAGGAAUUUUCUUCUUCAACUUGAUGAGUAAAUAAUAAUAUUCUAUUAAUAGAUUUUGCCUUUGGUGGUAUUCCAGUCAUUUCCACCUUGCACACAUGCAGCGUAUCAUUCAUUAUACAUGCAUACUAUUAAUUAGUUUUACAUGAUUUUGUAUUAAUGUGCAAUUAUUUUUUUUCAGAGCAUUCUUCAUGAAACAUAUAAUUUUUUUAACUUAUUUUUUGAAAAUGAUACUUUAAUAGAAUAUUUUUAUCCAUAAUUUGCAUUCACAGAAAAUCAUUUGAAAGUUGUGAAAUUCAACUCCAUGUAAACCAAUAUUUUAUAACAUAACAAAGAUAGCCCCCAAAUGUUAUCCGAGUUUAGUCUUCAUAAGAAACAAAAUUUUAAGACAGAUUUAAUAUUUUAGGAAUAAAUAGAACUAUCCUUCAGGAAUAUUGAGUUUAAUCUGAUAAUUUCAAAACUAUUUUGUGAAAGCUAAAAAAUAACAUUGAAAAUUAUAUGUUGUGUCUAGUUUUAUUUGUGAAAACUAGAAAAUGACACUUAAUCUUUGCAAUGCAAUAACAUAAUUAUCAAUUUCAUUUAAAAUGUUAGGGCCUUUUUUGUUAAUUUUAUACCACCCUUGUGGUUUGUGUAAAUAUCUGUAGACAAGUUGUCUUCCUCCCAGUCAGGUUCUCGGAUAGAUGAUAAGAAUGUGUAAACUAAUGUCAUCAUCUGUUAUAAUGUCUGUUGGCUCAUUCGUAGGCUUGUCCACGGCAUCAUUAGGAAUCAGAAGUCUUCAAGAGACAUCAUUGAAGGAUAUCAGCCUCACUCUGUUAGACUUUGUAUGUAUAUAGCUAACGGAUGUCAGCACAGCCCCUUUGACUUCACUUAAGGGUUAAAGUUAUACUUUAUGCAUAUGAAUAUGUAGUAUAAUUUGAUAUGCAGGUCGUAGGUGAGGAGUUGUGUCAUUGUUUUGGGUAUAUUUGUCACUGCUGGUGCCAAUUUAUGCAAGUUCUAUGAGACAAAAUGAUGAAAGUUAUUUGUGAAUGUGUUUUAAAAUGUUCCUAUUAUGUUGUAAUUUUUUAAGCUCACACCAUUUCAUUUUUAGUUUCAUUUGGUUUUGUCUUCGUACGUCCUGUGACUAUGCCUUUUUUUUUAAAUUACCAGUUUAUACGUUCAACAUGUAAACAAUAUUUUUUGACAUGUAGCUCCAGCUCUCUGAUAUUGGAAAAUAACUCAACACCAACCUACCGUUAGACGUUUUUAUUCUUCUGUCUCUUUUGCAAAGCACACAGCAAAUCAUGAUUGAUGGAACAAGAUUUCCCCAGAGUCAUGACAUAAUAUUUAUUUUUGGUCAGCUGAUUUUAACAGAAAAGUUAUUUAAGUAAAAAAGAAAGGUGCAUCACAAUUUCAUUGAAAUGGUGAAAGUGUAAAAUUUGUAUUUUGAUAGAUUUUAUCUAAGAUUUUGUGACAAAUGAAAGCUUUAAAGCUAAUUAAAAAACUAGAUUAGAUUUUGUAAACAAUUUCAAACAUUUCCUGUUUCAGAGAACCAAUAAGAUUUCCCUUUGUAUUUGUGGAGUAACUAUGUAUGGCUGAUAGAAAUGUAAAACAGUAUGUGUUAUCAUUUAUAGGGUGUUGGAAAGGCAUUGUCCAUGUGGCAGUGUUCUGUCUACAACAUAAUGUGUGUUUACCUGUGAUACAAAGCACAGUUCGCUUCCAUCAAUAUAUAUAUACAUAUAAUAUAAUGUGUAGUUCGGGUGUGCAUUCAUUCAGAUUUAAAACAAUUCAUAUAUAUAGUUG